GGCCGAUCUGAUUGGUCGCGCGGGAUCUGCCGCAUCUUCAAAGCCCGAGCCGAGCGCAUUUGUGCAGACUCCACAACAGCUGAGGGACUUAUAAAUGAGAAGAGCUUUCACAGGUGAUGGCAACUUCACUUCUUGGGGAGGAACCGAGGGUUGGAUCCACUCCAUUGGCCAUGUUAGCAGCGACCUGUAACAAAAUCGGGAGCUCGAGUCCCUCCUCGGACAGCGGCUCGUUUGGAAAGGGAGGUUUUCACCCGUGGAAACGCGCGUCGCCGAGCAGCUGUUCUCUCUCCCCGUACGGCGCGCAGCGCAACGACUCGUUCAGCGCCAACAGCUCGUUCUCAUUAACGGGCACCAACGUCUCCACCAGUCCGUUUGGAAACGACUAUCCUGUGUUUCAAACUUCAGUCGCCAACAGCUCUCAGGACGCGAGCGCGCAGUCGGUCUUCAUCUCGAAAGUGGACACUCUGCAGGGGAUUUACCCGAGGAUGAGCGUCGCGCACCCGUAUGAGACGUGGUUCAAAUCCGCGCACGGUGGCAUCUCCGCCGGGGACGUGAGCGCCGGUGGCGGGUCUUCCUGGUGGGAUGUGGGCACCGGUUGGAUUGAUGUUCAAAGCGCGAACGGCGCCGCGCUCCAGACCUCUUUGCAUUCACCCUUGGGCGGAUACAACUCAGACUAUUCCUCCCUGACUCACUCCGCGUUCAGCGCCAGUGCGUCUCCGCAUCUUCUCACAGGUGGUCAGCACCUGAUGGACGGAUUCAAACCGGUCUUAUCCGCCACUUACCCAGAAACCAGCCCAGGCGCUAACAGCGCAGUUUUAGCCGGGCCUCCAGUGGUGCCGCUCGCGGGAUCUCCGCGCUCAUCCUCCCGGCGGUACUCCGGCAGAGCGACCUGCGACUGCCCGAACUGUCACGAGGCGGAGCGCCUGGGGCCCGCGGGGGCCAGUCUGCGCAGAAAGGGGCUCCACAGUUGCCACAUCCCGGGUUGCGGAAAAGUAUACGGGAAGACAUCGCACCUCAAAGCGCACUUGCGUUGGCACACCGGCGAGAGGCCGUUCGUCUGUAACUGGCUGUUCUGCGGGAAGCGCUUCACCAGGUCCGACGAGCUUCAGCGGCAUUUACGCACACACACCGGGGAAAAGAGAUUCGCCUGUCCGGUGUGCAACAAGCGCUUCAUGCGCAGCGACCAUCUCAGUAAACACGUGAAGACGCACAGCGCCGAAGAGCCCGGCUCCAACGGGGUUAAAAAGAGCAGCGACACCGACAGCGAACAGAGUGCACCGGGCAGCCCGGUCUGCCAGUCCCCCGGGAUGAUCCACAGCACAGAACCCGUCCAGAACGGCCUCUGAGAAGAGCAAGCGCACAUGCACUCUUGAAGAUAAAGCCUCUAAAUAGAGCCCAAACUUGACUUUUUAUUCUUAAAUUCCUGGUACUUUAAAGCACGCAAAACACUGAUCUGCAGAACCUGUACAAUUCAUCUAAAAAGAACACUCUUAAAGAUAAACGUUCCAAUUUUGGGUUCCUCAAAAUACCCUUCAGCUUAAAGUUCUUAAAACAUUUUUUUUGUUGUUUAAACAAAAUUAAAAAAAAAAAAAAUCUAAUGAAGUCUUUUUCAUUGUAAAGAAUCGUUUGCGUAAUGGGUGUUAGAAGUUUUUUAAUGGAACCAUUGAUGCCAAUAAAGAACUUUUAUUUUUAAGAGUGUAGCAACUCGAUAACUCUAUACUCUAUACAGAAAGUGUUUUUUGAUCAUUUCCGGUCUUCAAAGAACCAGGAGUGUUUAUUUAAGAGCUUUUAUUUUCAAGCGUGUUCAGAUGUGAACGCACCAAUUUUGAUCAUAUUUGACUGUAAAUCAGCAUAAAGCCUCUCUCAGGUGUUCUUGCAUAUUUAAACUAGUCCUUUUUGGAUACAGUGUCAGAAAUAACCUCUUUAUACAGAUAAAGAUGAAACAAACUGCUGAGCUUUCAUAUGUGCGCUGCAUCUUCUCUAUUCACUCAUUUCCAUCGAGGCACUUUAUUACGUAAGAAAAUCAAGCAUUUUAUUCCUCAACAGCUGCACAAAUGUCUUAUCCUUCUGUAUUUGCCAACUGAACUGUUUUAUUUCAUGCUCCUUGAUUUCGUGCAGUUGAUAUCUAUCUUUGACAGUGAAUCUGAACUCUUCUCAAUGCAAAGUGAAAUUGUACAUAUCGUCUUGAAACUCUAUUUAUCAUCGAGUUUGAUUUGUGCUUUGAAGUCUAUCAGAGUCGCACUUUGAAUCUAUAUUUAUAAUUUCAGGAUCGAAUGGACUCGACCAGUUUUGUUUAUCUUUUCAUUUAUUAUUAUUUAAUUGAGCAUAUGUGUUUGUAUUUACUGACCGUUUACUUAAAGGUAAUAAAGUCGCAUUUGACUUGGC